UAUAUAUAGACACACACACACACAUAUAUACACACAUACACACUAGUAGUUUCUGUGUCCUCGAUGGUUCUAAAAUGGGUUAUGUGGCCUCUACCACUUCCUAGCUCUAUCUGUGGUAUUGAGGUAGCCAGAGGGUCAUCUCUAGUAGCCCACUGCACUCUCCAUGGUACUGAAGGAAUGGCCAUUUGUUUUAGCAUCUCUUGGGGGGCCAGAAGAGACCUGUGACUUAAAACCACACAACUUUCAAGUUGGCAGGGACUGUAAAUGUAAAUUCAAUAUAACUCACUUCACAGAAGGUAAACCGAGAGGAUAACUGGUUACUGAAGGUUGUAAGGCCAAGCUUGCAAUAGUCUGUACUCCUUAGUUCUAUUCCAACACCUUUAUGCAGUUGUCAGUGAGCCUGCUCAGGCUCUUGGUCCCAGUAACCUACAGGCCAGGAAAGGAUGCCUGAAUUUAGACCCAGAGAAACACACACAUUAAGUGGCAGUGGUUUCCUGCUGAUGUUUGAGCAGGACAUCUUGUUAAUUUUGGCUCUCAAAAGUCAGAUUCUGCAUGUGACAGGCGUUUGUUCCUUCAUAAAGUCUUGCCACAUCCACUAAAUGUUGAAAAUUGAAGAAACUUUGGAUCCCCAGUGUUCUCUUUGCUGAUAAGCAGGGCUAACUCCUGGCCCAGUUCUCUUCAGUUAAAAAUCUUUAAGUAAAGUGAUGCUUGAGUCCUCCUUUUUCUUAGUAACCCAUUUCAGUUUCAUAAUUCUCGUUGUAAGGAAGUUCUUUAUCAAGUAUUAUGUCUGAUGUUUAAAAAAAGAAGCUAGGCCCAAGUUCAUCCAGCCUGAACAGGAUAUAGUUCUAUAUGGAAGGAGGAAGGUAGAUUGGAUGACUUGAGGUCAUCGACUGAAGCCUAAAUUCCAUGACCUUGUUAGCAGUUAAAUAGCAGGCAAACCUCCCAUUACCAUCCUCUUCCUCAACUCUCUCCUUCCCAGCCCAGUGCAGCCCUUGUCAGGGAUAGGGAAUUUUAGAUGGAGAAUUUUAACCCUUUCCUGCUCAGAGCUUGUGUGGAUCCCCUAUCUGUGCAGAUGGCAAGGCCCCGCCCCCCAUCCCUCACUCCAGCCUCUUGAGCUCAGAGCCAGUGUAAUCCUCCUCUUGUGUGAGGAAGCCUCUCCCCUGCAGAGAGGAGGAAAGCCUGCUUCGGAACAGCUCUGGACAAAGGGGCUGAGAUGCCCCGUCAAACCACAGGCUCCAAGCACCUCCGCACCUGUUGCCUUCAUUAGCAGCUUUUCUUCCUCCUCCUUCCAAUCCUCAGAACCAAAGAAUGUGAAGGGGGUCCAUGGAGGGCUCACGUCCCCGCAUCCUGGUCGGCCACCUAGAGCCUUCCCCACCAGCCUUCGACGGCGAGCUGGAUCUGCAGCGCUACUCCAACGGACCAGGUGUCAGCGGGACUCCAGGACCCGGGUCGCCUGGGAUGGGAGCAGUGGGCUGGUCUGAGACUCGUGCAGGCGAACGGCGCUUCCCUUGUCCUGUGUGCGGAAAGCGUUUCCGAUUCAAUUCUAUCCUGGCUUUGCACCUGAGGGCCCACCCGGGCGCCCAAGCCUUCCAGUGCCCACAUUGCGGCCAUCGCGCAGCGCAGCGGGCUCUGCUGCGUUCACAUCUCCGAACGCACCAGCCGGAGCGUCCACGUAGCCCUGCUGCACGGCUAUUGCUGGAGCUGGAGGAACGCGCCCUGCUUCGUGAAGCCCGACUCGGGAGAGCCAGAAGCUCAGGGGCCAUGCAGUCCAGCCCUGCUGCAGAGGGCCUGGCUCGCCCUCAAGUUCCUUCCUCAUCUGCCUUCCGUUGCCCUUUCUGCAAAGGCAAGUUUCGCACCUCAGCGGAGCGGGAACGCCACCUGCAUAUCCUGCACAGGCCCUGGAAGUGCAGUUUGUGCAGUUUUGGCUCUAGCCAGGAGGAGGAGUUACUGCACCACAGUCUGACGGCCCACGGGGCUUCCGAGCGCCCCCUGGCGGCUACUUCUACGCCUGACCCCCAGCCUCCACCCCAGCAAGAACCCAGAUCUGCCCUUGAGCCUGAGUCUGAGCCUGAACCUAGGCCAGAGCCUGAACGUGAGGCAAACCCGGCUCCAACUCCUGCCCCUCCGGAGGAGCCCCCAGCGCCACCUGAGUUCCGUUGCCAGGUGUGCGGCCAGAGCUUUACCCAGUCCUGGUUUCUCAAGGGUCACAUGCGAAAGCACAAGGCCUCCUUUGAUCAUGCGUGCCCCGUAUGUGGUCGCUGCUUCAAGGAGCCCUGGUUCCUUAAGAACCACAUGAAGGUGCACACCAGCAAGCUGGGUCCUUUGCGUGCUCCAGGUCCUGGUUCUGCGCCUGCCAGGGCCCCUCAGCCUCCUGACCUGAGCCUACUGGCUUAUGAGCCACUGGGCCCUGCGCUCCUCUUGGCCCCAGCACCCACUCCAGCUGAGCGCCGAGAGCCCCCAAGCCUUUUAGGCUACCUGAGUGUACGAGCUGGGGAAGUACGACCCAAUGGUGAGGGUGCUGACCCUGGAGGUGGCCGAAGCUAUGGAGGAUUCCGCCCACUGCCUUCAGCUCUUCCCAACCGGGCUCGGCGACACCGUACAGAGGAACCAGAAGAGGAAGAAGAAGUGGUGGAGGCAGAAGAGGAGAGCUGGGCCCGAGGCAGGUCACUGGGCUCUCUGACUUCCCUGCACCCCAACCCAGGUGAGGGGUCAGGACAGCCUGCACCUGCUGCGGGGGCCCAAGCAAGAUCUACAGCCACCCAAGAAGAAAACGGGCUGCUGGUUGGAGGGACACGAUCUGAAGCGGGCCGUGGGGCCACUGGCAAGGACUGCCCCUUCUGUGGAAAAUCUUUCCGCUCGGCGCAUCACCUAAAAGUGCAUCUUCGAGUGCACACAGGUGAGCGUCCCUACAAGUGUCCGCACUGCGACUAUGCAGGUACCCAGUCUGGCUCGCUUAAGUAUCACCUUCAGCGUCACCACCGAGAGCAGAGGAGCAGUGCGGGUCCUGGGCCACCCCCAGAGCCCCCGCCACCUUCCCAGCGGGGCUCACUGCAGCCGCAGUCUGGAGCCAAGCCAACUCAGGCCUCUGCCACCUGGGUAGAGGGCACUGCAAGUACCCGGCCUUCGAGCAGCACCGGACCAGGGUCCCGUAGGAAGCCUGCCAGCCCUGGGAGGACCCUACGCAACGGGCGAGGUGGUGAGGCCGAACCCCUGGACCUGUCCCUACGGGCAGGCCCGGGAGGUGAGGCCGGGUCAGGGGGUGCCCUUCACCGCUGCCUCUUCUGCCCCUUUGCCACUGGGGCUCCUGAGCUCAUGGCCUUGCAUCUGCAAGUACACCACAGCCGUCGUGCUCGGGGCCGCCGGCAGCCCCGAGCCGACACGUCUCCACCCUAUGUCCGGGCACCAUCAGGGGAGACCCCUCCCAGUCCUCCACUAGAAGAUGAGGGCAGCCCAGGGCUAUCUAGAUCCGGAGAGGCAGGUCUUGGGGGGCAAGAACGGUAGGGAGCCCUCUUAGGAGUGAUUAGCUUAGUAAGCUUACCCCGCAGGAGCGGGGAAGUGCUAGAGGUAGUUGGGUAGAGCAGCCAGCAGGGAGCAGUGUGGGACCCGCAUCCCAGCCCAGGGUGGACCAAGAGGUAAAGUGGGCAGUGGGUGAAGGAGAGUGGGCAAGCAGUACCCACCCAGCCCAGAGGAGUCACAGUGCCUUAGAAGUGGCAGAGGUGAGGGUCAAAGAACGGGGUCCUAGGGCUGGUGGAGGCUGUGUUCCUGCUGAGGAGCCACUCUGCCAGUUUCUGCUGGUCCAUAGGCAUGAGAGUUUAUUUUUGUAUGAGGGGUGGGGGUGGGGGGCACUGUACCCUUCUAGCCCUAUGAGGGGCCCUGUAGACGUUACUAUUUUUGGUACGAUUCCUGUCAUCCCUGUUGAAGAGUCAUGUCCCCAAUAAACAGGUGUCUUGAGGCACAA